GUUCCCGAACCACCUCACUCCUCUGCCCGGCGCAACUGCAACGUCAGUCGCGGACCCGGUCCACACCGCAGCGCAACUUCCCUGGCCUGCCAACUGUGUACCUGCUUGAGGGACUGAGAGAGACGACCUCACUGCGAUCCACGAUGACUAAGGACCUUCCUUGAUCGCCCUCGCCAUAGCUUCAUCUCACCCUCUUCUCAGCCGACCGUACGUGUGCUGUUCUCGACCUGCCCCGUCUAUUGUCACACCCGUCUCCACAGCCUCUCCCCCAUACGACGACACGCAAACUCCGAUCUGUAAGCCCUGCGCUUAAUUACCACCAUCGCCCGGCCACCACCUACCAUGGCCUCCAUCCCCCAGGCCCUCUGGUCCGCCCAGAUCCCCCUCCACAUCGUCCACCCCUCGCACCCCAACACGCCGCUGGUUACCUCGCUGCCGCGCUUUUCCUACCUCGCCUUGCUGGUUCCGCGCUGCUCCGCCUUCUUCCGCGCCCCCGUCUCCGCCUUCCACCACGAGCAACUUCUCCUCCGGAAUCUGCCCCUCGGUCUGCUCGUCGAUCUCUACCAGCCUUCCCUGCCCUGGCGCCUCACUGUCAGCGAUGGCGACAGCUGGGACAUUGGAGACACCUUUCUAAACUGUGUCAAGGAGGCAGACUUUGUCCGUUAUGGCAACGCAAAACGCAUAAUGUCGCUAUCUAAAGCGGAUACCUCGGCCCUCUGGAAUGCCGUCCAAGACAACGACUUCGCGUCUUUCUCCAAGAUCAACGCCCUCCUUCUCAAUGCCCCCACGCCCCUCCGCAAUGUGCCCUUGCGGGUGUACAUCCCCUCCUCGCCCCCGCCCGGCACCUCGUCGUCGUCGUCGCCCUCGCUCGCCUCACCGGCCGCGGCGCCCCCGAGACCGCCAGCCUCGCCGUCGACAGCUUCGUCGCAGAAACACCAGCAACAGCCAGCGCCACCAAUCCCAGGUAUGACGGCGGACCAGCCCUCUUCCACGGGUGCCUACAAGGUCCUCCAGGCCCUCGUGCCUCCGAUAGUGCCGGGCACCCGCAACACCCCCCAAACCCUUGGCCGUGCCCUUCAGUCGCACCUCCCAUCCCUCUUUCCCUCGAGUCGAGACCCGGUCCUUGCCAACGUAGUGCUCCACGGCUCGCCUGUGCCCUUUUCAGCUCCCCUGGAGGACCUCAUGCGCGAAGCCGCGUACCCGGACGGGUGGCUUUGCCUAGCGGUCGUUUUGUUGUGAAGGAGAGAGAGGGAGAGAUAGACUCGGGCUGAAUGGGGCGCAGGAAGCCUUGGCACGUGUAGAUUAGAGUGGCGUCGUUGGGCGUUUGGGAGUUCAAGCGUCGGUUUUGGUUCGGUACCUUUGGGAACUUGGUGGCCUUCCGUAGACCAUCAGUUUAUCCUAGACUCAGGGGAGAUCCAUCGCGUGCACUGCUGCAACUUUAAGUUGACAGAUAGCAAGAAAGAUUGCAAUCAUUUUGACCAAAUUCACAUUGAAUGGACUGCGGUCUAGACGCAGGAUGGCCUUUUCAUACCGCACACACACACACACACACACAUACACACACACACACAUAUACAUACACACACAUAUACACACACACACACAUAUACACA